UCUUUUCUCGCACCAUCUUUGAAAAUAAACAAAAUUUUGUUAGACUACGUUCAACAACAACAAAAUUUAGGUCUCAUUUUUACUCAAAAGUUAGAUUGGGGUCUCCAUAUUGAUAAUUUAGUUAGUUCGGCAGGAAAGUUAGUAGAAUCAAUCAAAUUUCUAAGUAGAUCGUUGUCACGUAAGGCACUCUCUUUAGCUUAUAAUGCCUUUGCUCUUGGAAGAAUCAACUAUGCAAGUGUCAUUUAUUCGGGCACAAGCGAAUUAAACUUGAAAAAACUUAACACCUUACAAUAUGAGGUUGGGCGUCCGAUCUUAGGAGCGAUGAGUGGUACUUCAUAGGAAAACGUUUCCGAUUGGGUUUCACACAGUUGAAUGAGGACUUGGCUAAAAGGCAUUUAGUGGCUGUCCUCGGGUGUGAGUGCGGAUAUAAAAGCGAAUCAUCAUCUCACUUUUUCCUUUUUUGCGCAAAGUAUAUAGCACAACGUUCAGAACUGUUAAAGACGUUUCAAUCUAUACUACAAAUAACCGAUAUAACAACAGAUCAUUUACUUUUUAAAAACAGCGACAUGCUCUCUCGUAAAAGAUAAAAUUAAAAUCCUUAUAAUUAUCAAUUUGGUGUAAAAGCAUUAGUGAUAUUGUUGAAAAAUUUCGAAAUAGAAGUCGAAAGAAGUUAUUUGAAAAGUGGACAAAGUUGGUACAAAGUAGGAAAGAAUUGGAAAAUGAUAGACUAGUCACAAAUGUCCAACGUCGAAAUGAAACAUGUGACAGAAUAGAAGUGGAACAGGAUAGUGUAGUUGAUUUUUCGUCUAAGAAGAUAAAUGAACAAGAGCGGUCUUUAUUAAGAAGAGGACUUAGUUUCAUCCCAACUCGACCACUUAAUAGUACUACCUAUGUGUCUAAAGUGAUAGCGGGGGUGGAGACGGGGAUAUAUAAAAAGAGUUUAGGAGAUAAAGAAGAUAUUGUAAGUGAGGUGAAAAGAGUACUAGAACAGCUAGGGUUUGAUAAAACAGGAAUAAGUGAAAAUCUUUCGAAAAGUCAACGAAAAGCGAUAAAAACAUUAAAAGAAGAUGAAAAUAUCAUCAUUAUACCAGCGGAUAAAGGAGGAAAAGUUGUAGUCAUGAAUGUAGAGGAUUACAUUAAGAAAAUAAAGGAGAAAUUAGACACAAAAGCGUAUCAAAAAUUAGAAGAUUCAUCGAAAGGUAUAUAUAAACGAUUAGAAAUACUGCUAUCAGAAUUAGUGGGAAAACAAGAAAUAGAUAGAGAUGAAAUGAAUAUGAUGCUUGAAAAUAAAAACUUACCGUUUGUUCGGGGACAGUUAAAGGUCCAUAAAGAAGAUAAAUCAAUGCGAUUGAUAGUAUCUAUGAGAGAAACUAUGGGUUCAUCAAUAGCGAAAUAUAUCAUGAACAUAACAAAAUCGUUAGCAGAUAACGCACGUUCAGUCAAAAAUACAGAAGAUUUAAUAAACAAGUUGUACAAACUUAAAGUUAAAAAACGUAGUAAACUAGCGAGUUUAGAUGUUAGCGAUUUAUUUACUUCGGUCGAUCGAAAGAAAGUGUUAGAUACGUUUAGCAAAUUGUUAGAUAACGAUGAGUCGUGGAAGACUAAAACGAGUUUGAGGAAAGAAAGCCUAAUAAAAUUGGUUGAAUUUUGUAUAGAAAAUGUUAGUUUUCAAUUUGGAAAUAAUUUUUACAAACAGAUUAAAGGUCUGCCGAUGGGGUGUACAAUCUCGCCAUUUCUAGCGGACAUAGCUUUAAAUGAAUUUUUGCUGUAUAACUGGGAUUAUCAAAAAUAUCCUUAUAUCGGAUUAGCAAGAUAUGUUGAUGAUAUACUGUUAGUUUCAAAAAUGGAGAAAAAGGAAAUCCAGGAAUUAGUAACAGAUCUAAAUAGAAAAAACGAUUUACAAUUUACUUUUGAAUAUGAAGUAGAACAUAAGAUAGCAUUUUUGGAUGUCAGUAUUCAGAUCAAUCAAAUAAGUGGAACAAGAGAGACCAGUUGGUUUCGGAAACCAACGGCUAGUUCAAAAGCAUUAAAUUUUGAUUCAGAUCAUAGCUAUGCUAUGAAGCAAAAUAUAGUUACUAAUAUGGUGAAAAGAAUAACAAUAAAGAAAACGAAAGAGAUAUGUUUAGUUGAAACAAAUCUUAAGUAA